AUGGGAAGCAAAUCUGGCAUCAAUCUCUUGGACCGGUUCGACGACUCUAUGGUGGACUACCUGUCGGCCGAAGUUCUUCUUCAGCAGGCGUUUUCGAUUCGAUCGGCGACGUUCGGAGUUGACCACCCCAAGGCUCGAGCGUCGGGGAUGCUCCUGCUGCAAGUGUACGACGCCCAGAACGGGGGGAGACAAGACGAGGCCAAGGAGCUUCGCGCGGACCCGCAUGCACAUCUUCGGACCGUGAACCUUCGGAUCGCCGAACUAGAGCGUGCCAUCGAGACUUUCAAAACGGAAGGCGGGGGCGCGUUUUCUUCGAAGAGAAGCAAGAAAAAUAAUAACGGUGGUGGCGGCGGCGAGGAUGCCGCGGAUGUUGAAUUGCGCUUGGCCAACCUGUUCAAGGAGAAGUGGGCGCUUGCGGCGGCAGAGCGGGCACGACAGCGCAUCCGCAAACGGGAGUUCCAGACGUUCGCUGCACUCGAGGAGGACAAAGGCGUCAAGGAGAAAGCCACCCGCGGAGGAUUACAUACAGACAUGAACGCGUACGGCGUGCAAGCGGAAGAGGGCUAUCUGUCGGGGGGGGGACCAGGAAUGGUGUCGGACUGGGAGAUGACCAACGCGGCAACGGCGAUGACUGCAGGUUCUGAGGCACCGCACGUGUGGCACACUACUGCAAGGAUCGAUCCAGAGGGCCUGUCGGCUACCCUUCUCAGCGCGAGCAACACGGGCUUCAACAGCGAAGAGGCGGUGAGGCGAGCGACAGACUCGCUCAAGCGGCAGGACUAUUUCCUCGCGGCGCGGUCGUGCAUGGGCAGCCUAGAGCAAGACGUUCGGAACCCCGUGGCGAUACAGGUGUUGCAAGAGUCCUUCCGGCAGAUAAGCUCUUUCCCGAAGAAGGAAGAUUUCCGGGCGGACGUGGAGGUUGCUCUGGGUCCUGCGGCCAGCGGCGUUCUCGGAGAACGGUUCACCGUGCGAUACUCGUGA